AUGAAUUCAUAUAUUAGUACUGUAUCUAAGCUAAGUAAAGACGUCAUAAGCAGAAUAAAAGGUUUUGAUCGAUUUAAUUUAACUGAACAACAAGCAACAUUGAUUGAUGAAUUGAUACCAGAUGAAAAUUUAAGAAAACGAUAUAUAAAAAAUGGUUUGUGUGAG